AUGUCUCUUGCUGACCGACUAUCUCCCCAUCAGCGUCUUGCAAAGUGGUUCACCACGCUGUCCCCCAAGGACAAGGCCAAGAUUGUCAAGGACGUCUCACAGCUGGUCCUCGCUCGAAGAACACGCAUGUGCAACUUUUUGGAGUACAAAGACACCAAAAUUGUAUAUCGACGAUACGCCUCGCUCUUCUUUAUUGCGGGAUGCUCCUCCGAGGACAACGAGCUGAUUACGCUUGAAAUCAUCCACCGAUACGUCGAGCAGAUGGACAAGUACUACGGCAACGUGUGCGAGCUCGACAUCAUCUUUUCCUUCACCAAGGCGUACUACAUCCUAGACGAGCUACUUCUUGCCGGAGAGCUACAGGAGAGCAGCAAAAAGAACGUGCUGCGCUGUAUCGGACAGCAGGAUUCACUCGAAGACAUGGAGGUAAGUGCUAUGCACAGUUCAUUCUGA